AAAAGCGGGUUAUUUAUCCUGACCAAUAGGAUUCGGGAUUUCUAAGUACAUAUCCUGAAGGUCAAUUGAUAUUCUGCUACAUUUUCUACUGUUUUUUGACGUAAAACUGUGGUUUCACAAGCACUGACCGUCGUGUAAACUAAAGAGAACUAGAUGUGAAGGACGGGUUUAUCCAGUGCAUAUAAUAAGCUAAGGGCCUGAUCCUAAGUAGGCUUUGAUAUUAACUUUUAUAAAAUGAGCGGUAGUGGGACUGGAGGUGGUGGGGGUGGUGGCAGUAGUGGUGGAGGUUCUGGUCGUGCACACUUUCGUAGUCAGUUAGGCUGUUGUAUAUGUGGAACAAAGUCAUCAUCCUCUCGUUUUACCUCUAGUCAACGAUACGCUGAGCAUUUUGGUGCAUGUUUUGGUCCACAGGGGACUACACGUUCAGGAGAUUUAUGCAAUGCAUGCGUUCUUUGUGUUAAACGUUGGCUUCAACGGGGUAGACAACCGAACUUCUUUGUACAGGUUCUUGACAGUAAGAAAGGUCCUGGACCGAAACAUAUGAAAGAGAUUACUAAACGAGCUCGUCGUCGGGAAGCCAAACAACAAGCGGCUGCUGCUAUCGCUUCAUCUGUAAGUAAAGAGCAGAAAUCUGUAAAAUCUGCUUCGAUUACUACCACUACCCAUACUCCUACUACACGUUCGUCUUGUGGAAAUGGUCAUCAUUGUUUCAAUAGCAGUUCCGGCUCACGUGGCAAUCUUCAUUACACACAAACAAAUCCAAAACCGGAGCAUUAUUCGCAUACAUCACCUAGUUGUGUUCGUGUUCAGUCGAAUAUGUUUUCCCAGCAAUCUUAUAUGGGAGGUACGACACGAUCAAGUGCACAACACUCUCAGGCAUUAUCAAAUGGAUUAAGGUGUUCUUCGCAUAACAAUAGCAACAAUAAUCGUAAUAGUAAUUCCCACUGUUAUAAUCGAUCAUUAAAUCAUAAUAAUGAUAAAAAUGACACUUUAGAACAUGUAUGCUGUUGUUGUACAAUUUUGGAUAAGAAAGAAUAUUUAUCGACAUUAUCUCAUCCACAAGGUGCUACACGAACUCGUGCAGCUGCUGCUAGGCAAUUAGAAGCAGCCAGUGCUGCUGCCGCUUUUGCUCGAAAUACUGCCGGUGUCUUAUCUACUUCAUUACCAUCGUGUAAUAGUCAUCAUCGUCAUAGUAGUAGUAACUUGGUGCUUCAUUCAGAAAACAUAAAAAUGACUACAUCAUCAGAUUCCAGUGAAAGUGAUCCUAAUAAUAGUUAUGAUAUUAACCAACAAACAUGUUGUUCCGAAACUGCAACAUCAGCUUCAAGUUGUUCUAGUUGUUGCGCCUGUGGUGGAGGUGGCCUAAGUUGCUGCAGUGGAAGCACAAGCGGGUUCGGGUCGAAUUCUUCAGACCUGUCACUUACCAGUAGUGUUAAUUAUCCCGGAAUGAAAUCUAAUACAUACCACAAUAAAAAACAACACAAUUAUUCAAACUGUACAUGUCAUGAUAAUAAAACUGUUGAAAUAAGUAAUUGUUCAAUAGAUUACAAUUGUUCCACUCAACGAUCCUACUGUCAUCAUCAAUCUCGACGUGCUAAUGAAUUUAGAUAUCCUCAAUUACCACAAACUGGCCAAAUCAAUAUAAAUAGUAAUGGCACAUGCGGUAACAAUAAUAGUAACGAAGAUGAAAAGGGUGCAUCUAUAUUUAUAAAUGGUAAUGCUGGAAAUUUUCAGAACUCUAAUGAUACUCAACAAACAUCUUAUGUUGCAUCGGGACAAAAUGAUUCGAUUGCAAAUACCAAUGUAGCCACAACAUCAUUAACAACAACAACCAUUCCUACCCGACGUUAUAACCGUAGAGUUGUCCUACCUCCAGUAAGAAUGACCCAUAACCCCGAAGUGGAUUCUUUAUUACGUGAAAUCAUGGAAAGAAAUAGUCAGGCUGUAAACUUCGAUUCUCGUGAAAUGCAUAUGGCUGUUCAACAAGAAUUACGACUUCGUAAUCGUACCAUUCAUACUGCUGCUUCAGUUUCUGGUGGGUCCAUUUCUUCAAUUAGUUCGGCUGACGGCUCUAUAGAAGCCAAUGCCGGGUCCAGUAGUCAAACAUCAACUAAUGGUGUGAAAUGCAACCAUCAUCAUAGUUCUCCGAAUCAUGAACAUUUGGCUAAGCGUCAUUGUUCACAUCAUUGUUAUUUCAGUUGCGAAUAAAAUGAAGAAAAAAGAAGAUAUUUUGUUUUCUCAUAUCUGCUUGGUCUUUAAUGUACACCACUAUCGUACAGCGUUAUCAUCUCUGUUAUUAGCACAAGUAUCAGUCUUAACAUACAUAUAUAUAAUACUCGUGUACAGGUUUGAACUGUGUACUGAGCAAUGAAUUGGCUGUUAAAGUUCAUCUGUGUGUUGUAGAAAUUUCAUUUUCAAUAUUUUUGUUUUUAAUAUUUCCUUUUUAAAUUAUUAUUUCGACUCUUGAUGACAUACUUUAAUUCUUAUUGCUUUAGAAAAUAUUCCUUAUUCUUCGUCAUUUGUAUUUCUAUUUUAUUAAGUGUUCCUCUAUUUUGCCAGUGAUGCAUAUUAAAACGAAAGCAAAGGGAGUAACGGUGAUGGCGGGCUUUAGAGACGGAAGGGAAGGGAGAAAUAUGAGGAAUACAAAUCACCGUCUAAAUAGAAUGUACAAUCAACUUGCCUACAAUCUAGAGUACGGGAAAAACAUUGAGCUUUUUAUGCAUAUAUUUUUGGCGGAUAUUGUUUUUGUUACAUAUAACUUAUACACUUUCCCACCAUAUGUAAAAAAAAAAAAUAAGAGUUAUUUAUCAGUGACUGUUUGUCUAUGUGUUUAUCUUUUCCACUUACACUUCGUCUGGCUGCUAACAUUACAAUAAUAUACAUUUAUUCAUAUGUUGUUUACAUUAAUGUUAUCUUUCUUUUUGUCGGAAUAAAUAAUGUCUUCUCUCGUUGUAUAUGUCAAUAUAUAAUGUUUUAUUGUUUGUGGACAGUUUGUUUUCGUUCUUUCAAUGAUCGAUCUUUUUUUUCUUUUUUUUUUACAAAACAAAUUAGUAGCAUCACACAAAUAUCUCAACUUGUUAUAUUUUCUGUUCUCGUUACUUACGUUCUUUUCUUUGUUUGUCUAUCUUCUUUAAACUGCUAUGAUGUGUACACCUAUAUGCACGCACAUCUGGGACAUCUCUAGAGAUUUGCAUUAAUCUCAUGUUACAUUAUUUUUUUAGUUUGUCUUUUUUUCCCGAUACUCUUCUUUCUGUCAGUUAUCCUCACUUUGACUAUUAUUAUUAUUAUUACCAAUAAUAAUAGUAGUAGUAGUAGCAGUAGUGGUGACUGUUGGUGUCCUAUUACACUUUUGCUAUUUUUAAGUGUAAAAUAUAAUCAGCAAAUUGUUAUUUUUGAAAUCAUGUAAAAAAGGAUUAAUAGUCAAGCAUUGAGUAUUCUUUUCCUUUUUGUUGUCAUUACGUUGGCUUUUUCUCCCGUAUUUUACAGUUCCCAUUUACCUACUUUGUUCUGUUUUAGGUGUAACUAGUUGUUUCCCUUGUGUGUUUAUCUAUAUCUCUUGUUUACUUCUGUUAUUUCCUGGAAUUUCCGUCUUGCUUUCUCUUAGACCAUCUAUCUUAAACUCUUCUGAAAGGAAGAAAUGUUCAAAAAACCUGAUAAUAGCUACGAUUGUAUGAAUAUACACCUUAUCUAUGCUAUUAAUUUGUUCUCAAAUUCAUUUGAUUGAUUGCGAUCGUUAACCUAUUUAUUAUCUAACGAUAAGGAUAAAAUUUCUAUACACAUGUUAAUGCUCACUAACUAUUCAGUCUCUAUGAUGGUUAAUUUACCAUGAUUAAAAGAAUACCAGUAGGCUAAUAAUCAUGAAAUCAAUACUGAUUAGUCCCAAUGUGAGAAUAAUUAUUUAUCAGUGAUUGGUCAUUCAUAAAAGCCUUUUUUUAGUUGAGUCAUUUGUAUUCUUAAUACUAAUUUCAAGAUGUUACCAUAUAAUUUUUAUUUAAACAGUCAGUCACAACCAACAUUCGACACUUACAUUAUUGUACAUCGGUUUAAGUUGCUGAAUCACAGCAGCACAGCGAGAUGGAAUUAAAAUGAUGGAUAGCAAACGAGUUUGAAUAUUGGCAAUAUCAAUGAUCAAUAAACGUGCGGAACUAAACUAACCUAGCGAUGUCACAACUAAGACGAUAGCUCUUCCCAAUUUGCUCAUAUACGACUAGAUAAUUAGACUGUUUAGGUCGUUUACAAACGAUAUAACAGAUAGCCAUGAAGCAAAUCAUAAGCAUAAUAAGGAAUUCAACCUUUAGGGUCAAAAGCGAUAUAUUAAAUAAAAGUGUAAGUGGGAUACCUGACAAUAAAUGAUCUCAAGAGCUCUAUGCAUGCCAGAUCAAGUCCAUUAGUGGAUAGGUUGAUUAUAUACAACGAAAAGCAAUAAUAACUUCAUUCAUAACACCAUGGAAGAAAAACAAAACAGUAUAGAAUUUACAGUCAAUGACAUUUGGAAUAUAUAUAUAUAUAUACACGGUUGUUCUAUUAGUUGGUGUAACCAUAAAAGUCUGGAGAACUGGUAUGAUGGAAAGAAAAGUCAAUUUUCGAUUGAUUUGCUCAUUAUUAGUUUUAUUCAACAUUGAUAUCCGUUCUAAUUCAAUGUAAUGAUUACUCAUCGUAGUAUUCGGUUUUCUUUUCUCGUAUGAUAUUUUAUUCUGUAUAAUAUGCGACAUAUUCUUGUAUUCCAUUGAAAUGAACUAUGCUCAGUCUGUGAUUUAUUAUUUUUCAUAUAUGUGAUUUCAUCCUAAUUAUUAAUCGAAAUGGGUGUACAAUCAAUAUAUAAAUGAGUGUAUUUUCUACUAGAGUUGUCGUCGUGUUUUGGGGUUAUUAAAUUUUCAUUUAUACCAG